AUGAAAAGCGAGGUACACCCAAAUUCUGUCACAAAACAUGUAAAAGAAGAUACAAAUCGUAGAAACGGAAGUGAUAUGAGCAGCUCACAAACGAACAAACAAUAUGCUGACCAUUCUGGUGAUAAAGCCAAAUUACAAGAAUUACAGAAGACGAAUUAUAAAGAAAGCAGUAACGAGAGUACGAAUCUAGAAAAUAAAGAACAUAAAACUGAUAUAGCAAAAGGAAAAAACACAUCAGUAAAGUAUGUUGCAGAUGGACAAAGUGACCCAAAAAGAUCGUUACGAUUACUUUCUCAAAGGAAACAUGAGAAAUGGUGUCAUAAAAUCCUACCUGAUGGUGCCAACAGACUCAUUCAAGUAUAUUGCGACAUGAAGAAGGGCGGUUGGACGUUGAUUGAGAAGCGACAAGAUAGCACCACCAAUUUCUAUAGGGACUGUGAGGAUUACAGAGAGGGAUUCGGAG